AUGGCGGCGCCCACUGUUGCAAGCGACGUGGAAGUGGGGCUGGAGUCGGUGUUCCCGCGGGAGCUUGGGCUGUUCGCCGACGCUUUUCCGGCGGAGACCCGUUACCGGCUCUGCGGGCACGAGCUGAGCAUUGCCCAGUAUCACGGGGCGCACCUGGGGGUGGCUGCCCCGGUUUGGGAGGCGGCUCUAACCCUGUGUGAAUAUUUUGAGGCACAGAAGCUGAACUUUUGGGGCAAGAAGGUUAUAGAGUUGGGUGCUGGGACAGGCAUUGUGGGCAUCCUUGCUUCCCUCCUUGGAGGUGAUGUGACCAUCACAGAUCUUCCUGUGGCUUUGAAACAGAUAGAGGAGAAUGUCCACCGGAACUUGCCCAUGAAGUGUAUGGCUCGAGCCAGAGUUUGUGCUCUAUCAUGGGGCCUGGACCAUAAGGAGUUUCCCAAAAAUUAUGACUUCAUCUUGGGUGCAGAUAUUGUCUAUCUCAAGGACACUUACCCCUUGUUGAUCAGGACACUGCAGCACCUAUGUGGUGCUCAGUCUACUAUCUAUCUGUCUUCCAAAAUGAGACAAGAACACAGUACGGAGUUCUUCUUUGAGACUUUGCUCCCUAUGCACUUCACCUCAAAACUGGCCUUCAGGGAUGAGGCUGAGAAUAUUAACAUCUAUGAAGUGACCAGCAAAAAUAACAUUGGACAAUGAGUUUCUGUUCACCAUAAACAUUGCAAUGAACACUGCCUUUACUGUUUUUUUUAAAAAUAACAGUUAUUAAACCAGAAGCCUUAAUGAGGUGAUCCACCGGUCUAUUCCAGUUGCUUUCCAGAGUUUUCUACCCACUAAUGGAUGACAAUAUUUCAGAUAACUUAUCUUCAUUUGAUUGUUGUACUACAACAAAUCCCCAGUCACCAUGAGAGAGAGAGAGAGAGAGAGAGAGAGAGAGAGAGAGAAUGUCUCAGAAAUGGCAGUACUGGCAGGCAUACAUUUCCAUUGAUCUCUCUAGUCAUGUCAGGUAGUUGUCAUCCAUUCAAUAUGCUUCAUGCUUUAAAUUCUUCUGGGGAAAUAGGAUAAAUCUGCAAUUGUACUUUUACAUAAGUGUAGGUUCUCUGAGGUGUGAUCUGGCUGAUAGGAAUUGUUCACUUUCUCUCCCUCAUGGAAAGAUUGGAAGUGUAUACCUGAGUCACCAAGGGGAGCUGGUGUGUGUGUGUCAGCAUGUACUCCCAGUCCUAAUAUACAUGGUUCUAUGGCUUUCUUGCUGCUCUUAGUGAAAUUUGUAAAAUUAGCUAUGUUAGCUCUAAUGCUGGUCCUUAAAAAAAGAAUUUCAGUGAUACCAGAGGCAAGUAAAUUGAAGCAUUACCUAAGUGCAUUAAAAGACACCAUGAUGCCUUUUCUUAUUUUGAUAGAUGCUUUUUUGUAAGAAUUUUGUAACUUCAUAAAAAUGUGACUAUAAUGUUUAAACAUAUAGCUUAACAUUAACUUGUAUGUACCUAUGCACUAUGUAUUUCUAUUUCACAAUAAUGUACUAUCCUGUUCUUAACUUAUAGGGGCCCAGUCUUUAGUUCAAUAGGUACAAUAUCUUAGGGAAGCUAUGCAUGCAAAUGCGGAGGGUGAAAUUUCAUUCAACAUAUUAAAUUACAAAACCUGUUGCAAGCAACAUUCUCUUGUGUGACUGUUUCUCUUUGUUGUAUCGCAGGGGAAGAUAUCACAGAAUUCAUGGUUCUGAGAGAAUAUAAGAAACAUCCACUUCAAAUAGUUUGUUA